CAUUGGCACGUACCCGAUAAGAAUGAAUAUGUAGAAGCCUUGAUUACCAAAUAAUAAAUUUAUAUUGCACUAACUGUAACGCUGAUCGACUUAUAAGAUGAGUCUGAGAUAAAUUUUCUACGUGACAGUAGCUGAAGAUAAUCAGAUCGUGAAUAGUAUUAAUAUCUUAUAUGGAUGAGAAUUGUUCUACUCCUAGUGAUUGUUCUAACAAGUCGAUAUGGAAGGAAGUGAGAAAAACAGAGAUGAAUCCAGAAGAACAUUAUCGUCUAUAGUGACUUCGGGUAGAGUAACAAAUGUAGUUCAUUUAUUCAUUGUUGCUUUCGCUGUGUAUAUGUUAUAUUUAUCAUUUUCUGGAACGAUCGAAUUCUUCACAUGGCAUCCUAUCCUUAUGAGUGUUGGUUGGACACUGCUGUUAACUGAAGGAAUCUUAAUAUUGAAUAGAGAUAAUAAUGUACUGAAGAACAUUAUUGGAUCGAAUAGAAUUUUGUACCACUGGAUCUUACAAGCAUUAGCAUUAAUUUUGAGCAUCAUAGGAGUUUGGAUUGCCUUCCAAAACAAACUCAAUAAGAGCAAGGCUCAUUUCAAAUCUUGGCAUGGUUUAUUUGGUUUACUGGGAUUCAUCUUUGCUAUUCUAAGUGGUUUGAAUGGGGUACUUACUCUAUACAAUAGAGAACUUAAGGAUUAUUACUCUCCAAAGUUGAAUAAAUUUGUGCAUGUCGUUUUAGGGACUCUGGCCUAUUUGUUUGGAGGAUUAUCUGCAAUAUUGAGUGUAUACACAAAAUGGUUUGAGUGGAGAACACAUUCAGAUGAUAUAGUUUUUGGAAUACUGUUAUUUUUUAUCAUUUCUACUGUUAUUUGGACUCUGGUCAAACCAAUUAAUUCUGUUUCUGAUAGAUUCAGACAGCUCAUAUCAAUAGGAUAAAUUUAUAAUUUUUUACUGUAUAAUUCUUCAAUCAUGUCAGAUGAAGAUUAUAAUUCAGAUUGUAGUGUGGCGUCUGACUAUGGGCUACUGAAAAAAGCUAUUCCUUUUGAUACAACACUUCCAGCUAAUUUCAAUCCAAAUAAGAUACCAGAAACUGCUGAAGAGUUUUUACAAUAUUGUUGUUAUGAACGAUCCCUAAUGAAACCUUGGACCACUGCAACUAUUGAUCCCUCUAGAUUACAUCAUGUGGAAAUCAGGGAAUUCAAAGAAGAAAAAUUGCCUAAUUCUGUUGCCUCUCAUCUUCUUCCAACACAGCAAUGGCAGAAAGAAAAAUUAGAAGAAUUCCGGGAAUUUAGAGACUUCAUUCAGUCUAGGAUGGAAAUCACUUCUAAAGAUGUUCUUAGAGAAAUUGAUUUCAAGGAAAAAAUUGUUAGUUCAUAUCCUCCAUAUGAAGAAGUUAUGAAGUAUUCACAAGCUGAUAAAAUCAAAGCAUUAGAACUUAUAAAUGGUUAUUUAGAUACAUUGGAUGAUGGUACAUGUUUUGAAAAUUAUGUAGGGGUUUGGAUAUAUUCAAUGUUUUCACUUCUUGACACUCCUCUUAUAUCAGAUGAUUGUCACGUUGUUAGAACUCUAGCUAAAAAAUGCAUUCAAUUAAGAUCAAAUUACAAAGAAACAGAUGUGAAGAUGUUUCAUCCUCUAAACUUGUUCAUCUGUAUUGUCUCAAAAUUCUUUGGUCAAUUGGACCUCAGUGAUCCUUGAAUUUUAUAUAAUUUGAGUAUAUUAUAGGUUGGCCUAACUCAUUUUCAGUUAAUGACUUAAUUCCAGAAUCAUCAUUUAUGUUACACUGAAGAUAUCUGUGAUAUUCUUAUUAUUAUAUCUUGUAAGAAAAUUCAAUAUUUUCAUUGAAAUUUGAGCCUGUGAGGGUUGCAAUUAAAAAAAUAAAAUAUA